AAGGUACGAUAUAUACGUGUAUAUACUUGUGAAAACAAACAAGGACAGAUUUCAAACGUACGCGCGAUCUUCCAUUCGUGAAAUCUGCCAUUGUUAACUACUGCGCGUGAGCAAAUUGUUAUGUAUGCUAUAUUUUCUCCUAAAUUAGAGUAAAAAAGUCGUACCACACCCGGAAUCUUUAACCUUGCAGAAGAAUUUGAAUUUUGAUUUCAACUUCGGUUUCGAUUUCAAUUUCAAUUUCAAUUUCGAUUUAUUGUCGUAGUUUGAUUAUUAAGCUUGAUGAUGAAUCGUUGCUGUGUGGUGGUUUUAUUAAUAAGCUUGAUGAUGAUUUUGUCCGAGGGAGUAUGGCUGAAUCUGCCGACUACAGGGACUAAGUGUGUUUCUGAGGAGAUCCAGAAUAAUGUCGUUGUUGUCGCUGAUUACGUUGUUAUUGAUGAACAAGGUCACGCGUCUCCUACUGUUUCUGCUAAGGUGACAUCUCCUUAUGGUAACACUCUCUACCACAAUGAAAAUGUGACUCAUGGUCAGUUUGCAUUCACAACUACUGAAAUUGGUAAUUAUGUCGCCUGUUUCUGGGUGGACAAUAACCAUCAAUCUGCAACACUCAAUCUUGAUUGGAAAAUUGGUAUUGCUGCCAAAGACUGGGAUUCAGUUGCAAAAAAAGAGCAUAUUGAGGGUGUUGAACUUGAACUUAGAAAACUUGAAGCAGCAGUGGAAGCAAUCCACGAGAAUUUACUUUAUUUGAAGAAAAGGGAGGCAGACAUGAGGGAAGUGAGUGAAACAACCAAUGCUAAAGUUGCUUGGUUAAGCAUUAUGUCCCUUGGUGUAGGGAUUGCUGCUUCACUUUUCCAGGUGUGGUAUCUGAAGCGCUACUUUCAGAAAAAGAAACUUAUAUAAUUGCCAUUGUAUCACACCAUGAAUCUCGAGUAGUCAUGUAUUGAUGAAAAAUUGACAAACCGAACAGUGAAGGUCCUUAUCUCUUGCUUACUUGAAUGGAGGACAAGACAUGAUAGUUUUAGACCAAACAUGGAUUAUAGCCUAUAUUCCCGCCUUUAAUUUAAUGUUAUAAUUCCAUUUUAAAAAAAAUUGUAACCAGCUCUAGACCGUCUUAUAACCGUUUUUUUGUUUUGGGUUGUUAGUCAGUUUUGGUGCUUAUGUAUCUAAACGUUUAUAGGUGUUACUUGCCUUUCGUGAUUUAUUAUGUGUUUGGAUAUAUCAAUGAUGAAUGGGGGAUAAUGAAAGGAAGGGAAUGGGAAGAGAUGUAGAAGUGGGCUUAUUUUGUCACUUCAAAUACUUGGUGGAA